AUGUUAGGUGCUGCCGGAGUUCUGAUUGGCUACCCCUUGGACACUGUUAAAGUUAAAAUCCAAACCCAAGAUCCCACAAAGGGUCUUCAAUACAGAGGAACUUUCCACUGCCUCUCCGAGAUAUUUAAACAUGAAGGGGUAAAAGGAUUAUACAGAGGCAUGUCUUCUCCAUUGGCUGGAGUAGCCGGCAUCAACGCAAUCACAUUUGGUGUUUACGGAAACGUUCUUCGACAAAUGAACGAUCCAGAUUCGGUUAAAUCAGUUGCUUUAGCUGGUUCAACGGCAGGCUUGGUUCAGACGCUUAUUGUGUCGCCAAUGGAGCUUGUGAAAACUCAGAUGCAAGUAGGAGGGGAAACCAGCAUUUCUGGAACCCUCAAACAUAUUUAUCAAGCUGCUGGGGCUUCUGGUCUUGCUAGAGGAAUGGGAAUAACUUUCACAAGAGAGGUUCCUGCGUUUGGAAUCUACUUUGGUGCUUAUGAAAUCAUGAUCAGAGAGUUUGGAGAGAGCACUAUGGUGAUCCUAGCAGCUGGUGGAAUGGCUGGUGUUCUAUCCUGGGUCUUCACCUACCCACAGGAUGUGAUAAAGUCUCGACUCCAAGCAGAUGGGUUUGGUGCAAAACAAAAGUACUCAGGAGUAAUGAGUUGUUUAAAGAUGAGUUUGGCUCGGGAGGGUCAUCAGUUCCUAUCUCGUGGUCUGGUAUCUACCGUCAUACGAGCCUUCCCCAUGAACGCUGCCACGUUCUUCGUCUACAGCCUUGUUAUGAAGACCUUCACCACCUUGAACGAGAAGGCGGAUGAGGUGUAUGACACCCUUAAGAGCUUGAAGGGUAGUGCUGAGAAGUUUAGUAGGAUAGAGAGAGUUCCGAACACGUGGAGCAAGAAGAAAAGAGAUCAACGCCUGGCAACUGUAACUACUGAUAUGCCUAAUAUUCUCCUUGUCAAGGAACAAGCAACAAAUAUUGCCCAGUGGAGACUUCACCCCGAAAGAAUACUCUACGCUUGUCCAACUGUACAUGAGGAUUUUGUCACAACAGAAUCAAAUCUUAACUUCAGGAACAAUUUCAACCAAUUCAACCAAUACUGGAUUGAGGAGGAGUCCAUGGAAGUAGUCCCAACAAUAAAGAGAGUGGAAGAGGACAGACCCUCCCUGCUGACCGAUGAGCAGGAGGCCUGCUGGAAAACUAAAAUACGUACCUCCGACUUCUUGCUGCCGACCAACCUACUCGCUAACAGCCAACUGGGCAGAAUAUACGGAUUCUAUUAUAUUGUCGCAUAGAACAAACUGGCCAAACAUCUACUAUUGGCCAGAACAGAAUAUAGGCUUGGCCAACACAGAAUAUAUACAUCGUAAAUAAUUUUGGCCGGUUAGGUCUUUUUAAUGUAAGAAAACGAAAACUAAAUUUUUACAUUAUAUAAUUGUUAGCUUAAGACAUACAGUGGGCCCAUUAACAAUAUGUAAUAAGAACACGACAUUUAAUCAAUGUAUAAUGGAUAUUGAUAAUUGAUAUUUUUAUCAGUGGCUUGAAAAUCAACUUUUAGAUUAAAUGGGUCUGUGAACAUUGCACAAUUUAUUUUCAUGUUCAUUGGACAAUUUAAAUUCAUUACUUGAGACGUACAGUCGUCUUACUUUUCCUCAGUUGUAUGGGUUCCACUGCAUUAUCUCAUCCAAGUUUAAGCAUUCACUUUACAAAAAAAGUCUAAGUGAUAGAUAGGCUAUAUAAGGCUAUUGAAGCCUUAUAUAGAUAGAAAAAGCAUGAAAAGUUGAAACUUGUAAGAAAAAAUAAUUUAUAAAAUUAAAACAUUAUUUUAUUAAUGCCUAGCAGUAGUAUUUUGUGUAGUUCAUAUUUGCAGGAUAAAAUUUAUAUAUAUGUAUAUAUGAAAUAUAUAUUUUAUAGAUUG